AUGCUCUGUUCGGUACGUACGCUCGGCACGGCACGUGCACGCGGCUCUGCGCCCGGCGCGGCCUACCAGCCAAACAGGCGCGUGGUCAAAAAACUCCUGUUUGUCCAGCAGUGCGCCAUGUGGCUCCGGUCGCUCCGGCCCGGGCACCUCGCGACGCUCCAGCGCCAGUUGGUGGAGUGGCUGUUCCCGGCGGGCGCGGCGGAAAACCAGGGCGUGGCACGUGACUUUGUCCAGACGCCCGUGGACGCGCGCGGCAGCGUGGUCAACUCCGUGGUGUUCCUGGUGCAGAACGACAAGGCCGCCGAGACCCGCCACGUCGUGUUCGUGCACGGGUACGGCGCGGCGCUCGGCUGCUUCGCGCGCAACUUCCACGUGAUCAACCGCUUCAAGGGCUUGCGCCACAACUACAAGGUGCACUUCUUGGACAACCUCUCGUUCGGGCUCUCGUCCAAUCCGCGCGUGGCGUCCCUCGACUACUGGCGCCCGGUGCCGCGCGUCGACUUCCUCACGAUGCACGACGCGGCGCCCACGGUCAAGGCGGGCCUCCAUAGAAAGUACUACAAGCUCAUUGCCGGCUACGAGGUGGACGCGCACAGGUUCGGCAGGUACAAAGCCGCCGUGACGCCCGUGUUGCGCGACCUCGAGGCCUACUACACGGACGCGUUGGAGGCGUGGCGCGUCAACGCGCGCAUCGGCCGCAUCCACUUCUUGGUGGGCCACUCGUUCGGCGGCUACUGGUGCGGCUCGUACGCGCUCCGGCACCCGGACAGCGUGCGGCACCUCGUGCUCUUGUCGCCGGUGGGCGUGGAGCGGCACGCGGCGGCGGUCACGGCGCCGGCGCCGCGCGGGCUGGGCCCCAUAGCGCCGUCCUUGGACCCGGCGUCGCCGCGGUUCUUGAGCCGCUGGCCGAUCCUCGCGGCCCGCGCGGUGCGCCACUGGUACUACGUGCAGCCGUACUUGCCGCGGCUCCUCCGGCUCAUGGGCCCGUGGGGCGUGGCGCGGUACUACGAUAUGUGGUCCGGCAAGCUCUUUGCGGUGAACGGGGUGAUCGCCCGGCUCGGCGGCGCGGCCGUGUUGACCAGCAGCAACCAGUUGCGCUACGGCACCAACACGGAGUGCCGGCUCUUGAUCGAGUACCUCUACAACUCGGUCACGGCGGGCUCGCGCUCCGACAUCCACAUCAAGUACUUGUUGACGCCCGCCACGGACAGCAAGUGGCCGUUGAUGGACAAGUUCGCGCGUGCCAGCGGCGCCACGCUCGCCAAGUUCCGCACCCACGUGGUGUACGGGCAGUACGACUACAUGAACUCGGAGGCGGGCGAGAAGAUGGUGGCGGAGAUGAACGGGCGUCCUGCCGUGGACGCGCGGUUCCACGUGGUGCCGGAGGCCGGCCACAACUUGUACUUGCAGAAUCCGUUCGGCACCAACGCGCUUUUGGAGCGUUUGGUGCGCGAGGCGGACUAG